AUUUCAUUCUUUCCAUGGCUAUGUUUAAUGAUUUCCUUAGUUUAUUGUUUGCAAUCUGUCUAAUUGUAUGGAUAAUUAAAAAAAUACGGGGCCAAACGCAUCAACCAAUUGCAAGAAAUCGUAGAGGAAAUAAUGUAGCAAACGAAGGUCCUAGAGCUAGACUUAGGGCAGUAACUCCUGAAAUGGUUGAAACAGUAUGUUCCAUGUUCCCCAACAUACCGCCCGCAGCGGUACAAUAUGAUCUUCAGAAGACUGGUUCUGUUGAAGUUACCUGCGAUAAUGUUCUUCAGAACGGUGGACUUCCUUUGCCUCCACCUAAUGUAGUAGCAUCAUUUACAAUUCCUUCCACAACGCAAGCCUCUACGUCAUCGACAGGAAUAAGUACAUCUUUAACACAACAAUCUCUUAUUGAAAAAUAUAAACUUCAAGAUGCUGUAAAAAGAGGAUUAAUUCCACCCGAACCUCCGAAAAAAUGGGAAGCUACAGCUGAAAAAAGACAAGAGUUAUUGCAAUGGAAAAAAGAUGCGAUGGUAUUACAAGCAAGAGAACGAUAUCUUGAGAAACAAAAAAAGAAACAGAAAGAGGAGAUUGAAGCGAAAACAAAAAAUAAUUCAGAUUUUAGCGCUUCAUGUCAACCACAAUCUAUUAAUCUUAAUAAUACUGAUAAGGAAGAAGUAGUUACUCUUGAGCCCGAGGUAAAGCGUCGCCAAAUACUACAAACGACAGAACGAAAAUGGAAAAAAGAUGUAUAAUAUGGUAUAUAUAACAAGGUAAUAAAAUUUUUAGAAAACUUGUUGAAUCAGAUAUGAUUUAGAAUAUUAUUCCGGCAUAAUCAUAGAAAUUUUAAUAAUUUGUACAAAGAAUGGUGGUUAGCUAAUAAAUUUCCACCUUCGAAUCCAAAAAAAGAAAAAUUUCUCCUGUAUUUUUUAUUUAUCAUUAAUUCAAAACUAAUUUUAUUUUCUACUUAAGAAUUUGAUUAAGUAAUUUGAAUGCAGAUUAAAAGGAAAAAUAUUAGUGAAUUAAAAAACAAAUUUUGUCAGCAAUUUUUUUAUGAUGUCUGUUCAAUGAUCAUUUGUUCGAAUAUAUUAGUUAAAUAAAGACGGAAAAAAAAGUACUUUUUUGUUCCACAAAAGUACAAUUCGAUCAUAUGACUUUCAGGAUCAGUUUGUGAAAUGUUGUACGAAAUCGUCAAGUUUCGCUUU